AAUAUAUAACUUUAAUGAAGCAGUCAAAAUUUAAACAUAAAUGUAUGAAUCACUGUCAACAACAUUAAUGCAUUUAGAGCAUAGACUGACUUUAAGGGAUUUACUUGUAAGUGUCAUGAAGAGACCUAGUGGUGUCUCCCUGGUUAGUGCCCCUAGGCUCCAGUGAUCGGACCACUGGUCAGCAUACACCAUUGGCUCCAUACUUUCUGAUGUUCAGCUUCCUUUGAUGGUCUUGCAGACUGAUGCUUUUGCUGGUCUCUGUUAGUCCAAGGCUCCAGGGCACUGGCCUCGUCCAUAAUCCAACCCACAUCCACAUAAAUAUUUCUCUGCUUUGUUCUAUCUGAAGUGUUAAUGGUCUCUCCAGUGUUUUGUUACGAUCACAGCAUCAGGGCUGCCUGAGGACUCCUAUCUAUUGUUGAUGAGGGUUCUUGCUUCAACAGGUUUCUCACGGACGUCCUGAGCGGGCUGAGUGUUGCAGUCUGAUCUGCACUCGAGCAGACGCUGACAAUGUAUGAUUAAUUAUGGACUGAUAAAUAGUCUUUUUCUGGAUCAAAGGCCAUUUGUUUUUGUCUGUGUUUUUUCGGGCCUGCUGGAAGCUCCCCUGCUAAGUAUGGAAAGUAGCAAACAGUAGUUGAUGGGAUUGUCAUUUUCUUUCACCAGGUAUGUAAUUCCAUCGCUGGACCGCUCUCAUGCAGGCUUCUACAGAUGUAUUGUCAGGAACAGAGUGGGAGCAUUGAUGCAGAGGAGUUCACAACUCCAGGUCGCCUACAUGGAGGGCUUUGUGGAAGCAGAGCGGUCUCAGGUGGUUUCCCAAGGGGAAGCUGCGUUGAUCCAACCUCCGAAAAUCCACAGCUUCCCGAGGCCUGGGAUCACAUGGUUCAGAGACGGACGCAAGAUCCCUCCCAGCAGCCGCAUAGCCAUAACUUUGGACAACACUUUAGUGAUCCUCUCCACCGUGGCCCCUGAUGCAGGCCGGUAUUAUGCUCAGGCCGUCAACGACAAGAACGGAGAGAACAAGACCAGCCAGCCCGUCAUCCUGACUGUAGAAAACGUUGGCGGCCCAGCAGACCCUAUAGCUCCCUCUAUUAUAAUCCCGCCGAAGAACACCAGCGUGAUGGUGGGCACGUUUGAAGUCACGCUGGAAUGUGUGGCAAAUGCAAGGCCCCUCAUUAAGCUUAGCAUUACAUGGCGGAAAAAUGGAGUGCUGGUAAACCGAGGCCUCCGGGAUUUUGGACGUCGUUUGACCAUCAGUGGCCCGCUGGUCAGUGACAGCGGCUACUACCAAUGUGAAGCCUCCCUUCGGAGCAGCAGCGCCCCCUCUGUCAGCGCAGGAGCAUAUCUGCAUGUCCUGGAACAUCCUCAGUUCGUGAAGGAGCCGGACAGACACAUCACUGCUGAGAUGGAAAAGGUGGUCGACAUCCCGUGCCAAGCUCGAGGUGUUCCUCAGCCAGAUAUAGUGUGGUAUAAGGAUGCGGUUCCCAUAAGCCCCGUGAAAACUCCUCGAUAUAGAGUCCUGGUCGGCGGCAGUCUGCAGAUAAACGGCCUGCUCCCGGACGACACCGGCAUGUUUCAGUGUUUUGCCCGCAAUUUGGCAGGCGAGAUCCAGACGAACACGUACCUCGCUGUCACCAGUAUUGCCCCGAACAUCACAGCUGGCCCAUCUGACAGCGCGGUGAUUGAUGGCAUGUCCAUCAUUUUACACUGUGAGACCUCGGGUGCCCCGCGGCCCGCAAUCACAUGGCAGAAAGCUGAGCGCGUUUUGGCGAGCGGUUCGGUGCAGUUGCCUCGGUUUACUCUGCUGGAAUCAGGCAGUCUUCUGAUCAGCCCGUCUCAUCUGUUGGAUGCCGGAUCAUACACCUGCAUGGCCAGCAACUCCCGGGGGAUCGACGAAGCCUCGGCCGAUCUGGUGGUGUGGGCUCGAACACGAAUCACUAAUCCACCUCAGGACCAGAGCGUGAUUAAGGGCACAAAAGCAGCCAUGACCUGUGGCGUGACCCACGACCCCAGCGUUACGGUCAGGCACAUCUGGGAGAAAGGGGGAGCAGUCAUUGAUGUGAAGUCGAGUCCCCGAUUGCGCCUAGACUCCAACGGCACGCUUCAUAUCUCUCAGACGUGGUCGGGCGACAUUGGCACCUACACCUGUCGGGUCACUUCAGUAGGGGGCAAUGAUACUCGUAAUGCUCAUCUGAGAGUCAGGCAGUUGCCUCAUGCUCCAGAGAACCUGAUUGCAACCCUCAGUAUCUCUGAGAGAAGAACCAUCAACCUGACCUGGGCUCAGGCUUUCGACGGGAACAGCCCGCUCAUCCGCUACAUCCUGGAGGUGUCCGAAAACAAUGCACCUUGGACUGUUCUCUUGGCCAACAUAGAGCCAGAAUCCAUCAGUGUGAUUGUCGGAGGCCUCAUCCCGGCGCGCUCUUACCAGUUCCGUCUGUGUGCCGUCAAUGAUGUGGGCAAGGGUCAGUUCAGCAGGGAGACGGCACGAGUAUCGUUACCCGAGGAGCCCCCCAGCGCCCCUCCACAGACAGUGAUCGCCAGUGGCCGAACCAACCAGUCUAUCAUGAUCCAGUGGCAGCCGCCUCCCGAGAGCCACCAGAAUGGCCCGCUUCAAGGCUACAUCAUCAGGUACUGUCUGUCUGGAUUACCUGUGGACUGUCAGAUGAAGAACAUCACCAAUCCAGACCAAACCAAUCUUCUGCUUGAGGACCUCAUCAUUUGGACCAACUAUGAGAUCGAGGUGGCUGCUUAUAACGGAGCAGGACAAGGCGUUUACAGUCCCAAAGUCACCGAAUGGACACUACAAGGGGUGCCUACGGUGCCACCAGGGAACGUCCAGGCGGAGGCUGUCAACUCCACCACAGUCCGCUUCACAUGGAGUGCCCCAAGUCCACAGUUCAUCAACGGCAUCAACCAGGGAUACAAGCUGUUGGCAUGGGAACCAGGCCAUGAGGAAGAUGUUACCUUGGUAACCGUGAGGCCCAAUUUUCAAGACAGUGUUCAUGUGGGUUACAUCAGUGGGCUGAAGAAGUUCACCGAGUACUUCACCUGUGUGCUGUGCUUCACUACACCGGGAGAUGGCCCUCGCAGCACCGCACAGCGCAUACGCACACAUGAGGACACUCCAGGUCCUGUAGGUCACCUGAGCUUUACAGAAAUCCUGGACACAUCUCUCAAAGUGAGCUGGAAAGACCCGCCUGAGAAGAAUGGCAUCCUCACAGGGUAUCGCAUUUCUUGGGAGGAAUUCAACCGGACAAACACUCGUGUCACGCAUUACCUGCCGAACAUGACGCAGGAAUACCGGGUCACCGGUCUGACCGCACUCACUACCUACACUAUUCAGGUGGCUGGAAUGACCAACAAAGGUCAAGGUCAGCUCUCGUCCUCCACCAUUUCCUCCGGCGUGCCACCAGAAAUGCCUGGACCUCCUACCAACAUUGCCAUCUCCAACAUCAGCCCUCGCUCUGUUACCCUGCAGUUCAAACCGGGCUACGACGGAAAAACAUCCAUCUCACGCUGGCUGAUUGAGGCUCAGAUCGGUGUUAUUGGGGAAAAUGAGGAGUGGGUCAUGGUCCAUCAGUUGUCCAACGAGCCUGAUGCACGAUCCCUUGAGGUCCAGGGCCUGAACCCCUACACAUACUACAGGUUUCGGAUGAGACAAGUAAAUAUAGUGGGCACAAGCCCACCCAGUCAACCAUCCAGAAAGAUCCAGACCCUACAGGCUCCUCCAGACAUCGCCCCAGCCAACAUCACUCUCCGCACAGCCAGUGAGACCAGCCUGUGGCUUAGAUGGGUGCCUCUGCCAGAGUGGGAAUACAAUGGCAACCCUGAGCUGGUGGGUUACAGGGUGCAGUACUCUCGCUUGGGCUCAAAAGUUGGCUUCCUCUCCCACAUCAUUCCUGACAGACAGGAGAGAGAGUUUACCAUCGAGGACUUGGAAGAGUGGACAGAAUAUGAAGUUAAAGUCCAGGCGUUCAACGGCAUCGGACCAGGACCAUGGAGCCAACCAGUUCACGGCAGAACAAGAGAGUCAGUCCCCUCUAGCGGCCCUGCGAAUGUUUCGGCUUUUGCUACCACCUCCAGCAGCAUCCUUGUCCGCUGGGGCGACGUGCCAGAGACUGACCGCAAUGGAUUAAUUCUAGGCUAUAAGGUGGUGUAUAAGGAGAAGGAUGCAGAGUCAGUCUUGCAUUUCUGGACGGUCGAGGGAAACACCACUUAUAGUGUCCAGCUCACUGGUCUUGGGAAAUAUGUGCUUUACGAGAUCCAGGUUCUAUCCUUUACUCGGAUAGGAGAUGGCAUGCCUAGUUCUCCUCCCAUCUUUGAGCGCACACUUGAUGAUGUACCUGGGCCUCCAGUUGGGAUCCUUUUCCCUGAAGUCAGGACCUCAUCAGUGAGACUGAUCUGGCAGCCCCCUGCCCAGCCAAAUGGCAUAAUCCUUGCCUAUCAGAUUGCAUUCCGCAGAAACUCGUCCAGUAUUACCUCUGCCAACGUUGAUGUGCUCAACCCAAGUGCACGACAGUAUACAGCAACUGGACUGAAACCGGAGAGUGUUUAUGUGUUCCGCCUCACAGCACAGACUCGAAAGGGCUGGGGAGAAGCAGCUGAGGCUCUAGUGGUCACUACAGAAAAGAGAGCACGGCCACAACCCACAAGUCGCCCCGUUGUGCCUCAGGAAGAGGUCCAGGCCCGCAGUGUGCUGUUGUCAUGGGAACCAGGCAGUGAUGGUCUGUCACCUAUUCGGUACUACACCAUUCAAUACAGAGAGCUGCCCGACAGCAAUUGGACCGUCCACUCUGCAUCAGUCAACCAUGAGGCCACCUCUUACGUCAUCGACAGGCUCAAGCCUUUCACUUCCUACCAGUUCAGAGUGAAAGCCACUAAUGAUAUUGGGGACAGCGAGUACAGUGAGGAGAGUGAGGCAAUCACCACUCUACAGGAUGCUCCCGACAAAGCUCCCACAAUCCUCUCUGUGACGCCACACACCACUACAUCUGUGCUGGUCCGCUGGAAGCCGCCCCCCGAGGAGGAGAUCAAUGGCAUUUUGCUUGGUUUUCGUGUUCGCUACAGAGAACUGAGAUAUGACCGCCUACGUAGCUUCACAGUGCGCACUGUGAACAGCCCCGCAGGCAACUGGGCUGAGCUCACAGCCCCCUACAGUGUGAGGAACCUAAGUGAAUCCUCACUUACGCAAUAUGAGCUAGACAAUCUGAAUAAACACAAGCGCUACGAGAUCCGGCUGAGCGUUUAUAAUGCGGUAGGGGAAGGGCCCACCAGUUCGCCGCAGGAAGUGUUUGUCGGAGAGGCGGUGCCAACCGCCGCCCCUCAGAAUGUCGCUAUCCAGUCCUCGACGGCCACUCAGCUUGAUGUGACGUGGGAUCCUCCUCCAGUGGAGGCCCAGAAUGGGGAUAUUCAAGGCUAUAAGAUUUACUACUGGGAGUUUCAGCUGCAGAACGAGACGGAGCGACUGCGCACUCUCUUCCUGCCGGAGCUGAGCGUCAAGCUGAAGAACCUGACCGGCUACACCACAUACAUGAUCAGCGUAUCGGCCUUCAACGCGGCAGGGGACGGCCCGCGCUCAUUGCCCACCAGAGGGCGCACUCAGCAAGCAGCUCCAAGCGCUCCCAACUUUAUCCACUUCAGUGAACUCACCACCACCUCAGUCAACAUGUCCUGGGGUGAGCCCAAGCAGCCCAAUGGCAUCGUGGAGGGAUACCGCGUGGUCUAUGAGCCCUGUACGCCUGUGGAUGACUCCUCUCCUCACACUUCAGGUGUCAGUAAGAUUGUCACUGUGGAUGUGAAGGGCAGUGCCCCCUUGUGGAUGAAAAUCAAAGAUCUGGCAGACGGCGUAACCUACAACUUCCGCAUCCGCGCUAAAACUCUUACCUAUGGACCAGAGAUUGAGGCCAACAUCACCACUGGCCCUGGAGAGGGUGCUCCAGGGCCUCCCGGAGAGCCAUUUAUCUCUCGAUAUGGCUCUGCGCUCACGCUCCACUGGUCCAAUGGGGAUCCUGGACGUGCCCCCAUCACUCGAUAUGUUAUAGAGGCAAGACCAUCUGAUGAAGGACUUUGGGAUAUUCUAAUCAAAGAUAUCCCCAAGGAGGUGACAUCAUAUACUCUUAAUUUGGACACACUCAGAGAAGGGGUUACCUAUGAUUUCCGUGUGAUUGCAGUGAACGACUAUGGCUACGGUUCUCCAAGUGCUCCUUCUCCUUCGAUAUCAGCUCAAAAGGUCUCCCCCUUUUAUGAGGAAUGGUGGUUUCUGGUGGUUAUUGCUCUCGUGGGGCUCAUUUUCAUCCUUCUGCUCAUCUUCAUCUUGAUAAUACGUGGACAGAGCAAAAAAUACACCAAGAAAACAGACUCAGGUGCUCACUCGAACUGCACAUCCCUGCCCCUAUCCCAUGGAGAAAUGGUGCGGCUGGAUGAAGGACGCUUUCCUGCCCUGGAACUCAACAACCGUCGACUCUCAGUCAAAAACUCCUUCUGCCGCAAGAACGGAAUCUACACCCGAUCUCCACCACGACCCAGUCCCGGCAGCCUCCAUUACUCAGAUGAAGAUGUCAGCAUCAAGUACAAUGACCUGGUCCCUGCUGAAAGCAGCAGUCUGACCGAGAAGCCCUCAGAAGUGUCCGACUCACAGGAGGCGUUUAUGUUUUCGUAUAAAUCCACUGCUCCAAGAUGUUUUGGGCCAGCGACAGUGAAUACGAGUUGGACCCGAACCGCCAGAAGACCCACUCCUUUGUCAACCACUACAUCAGUGACCCCACCUACUAUAAUUCGUGGCGCCGCCAACAGAAGGGCGUCUCGCGGCCUCCAGCGUAUGGCUACGCCCAGCCCGACACGGUGGCAGAGCAGGAGUCCCGUCCCCAUCCACCUCCACUACCACCACUGCCACCCCUACUGCCCCACAGCAAUCCCUCCCCACAACCCCAGCCCCAGGCCACCCUGUUCAGGCCCAAGGGCAGCCGGACUCCCACCCCAUCCCUGCUCUCCUCCGAAAACCACAGCCAGCACACUCUGUACAGGCCCCCCAGCAGCCUGGGCUCCUCCGGCCAGGUACCGGCCACUGGAUUCUCCUCGUUUGUUUGAUACAAGACUUGCUUUCCAAUGAAGCCUGGAUGGAGGGACUCCUGCUGUGUUAUUGCUAAUACUUGUUUUCUUUCCUUCUUCACUGCACCUUGUUGGACAUCAAGAGACGCUUUUGGAUAUCAUUUGGCCUGGCAUAUCGCAGGUUUAUAUGUGCACACAAGAGCAUCAGAACGCAGACAAUCAUUCUCAAAGCCAAUCGGAAUGUUGGUUGGGCAUUUUAAAUGAUUUUCACUUCAUCCGGGACUGAAAAUUAAAUGGAUGUGGUUAGGGGAAGA